AUGAUCUUUGUGAAUGGGACCACCCCGACCAGCCCGACGGUGUCCUCAGAUCUGGGAAGCCAAGCAGGGCCGCAGUGGUCACUCCGGGGCCAGUCUUGCCUUCCGGUCUCCGCGGCGGAGAGCCAGGGCCCCCGGGGAGUAGGUUCUCUGUGGCUGGCUGGCUGGCUGGGGGAGGCAGGACGGAAGGACUCAGCUGGGGUCUGUUGCCUGCAGGAUGAGGCCAACCCGCUGCACGCGGUGGCCAGGAAGGGCCACUAUGACGCAGCCUGCCGCAUUCUCUCCCUGGGGACGGAGGCCAUCGACAGCCAGGACGCCUGGGGCAGGAGCCCCCUUUUCUGGGCCACGGAAUACAGGCAGGAGAGCCUGGCGGAACUGCUGCUGGCCCACGGGGCAGACCUAGCCGUCCGGGACAAGGAAGGGAACCUCUGCCUGCACUGGGCGGCCUUUGUGGGCUGUGCCCCCAUCGCCCGGAUGCUGCUGGAGGCUGGCUCGGACCCCGACGUGCCCAACGGCCAGGGAGACUCGCCUCUGCACAUGGCCGCCCGGGAGAGGCGCUACGAAUGCCUCGUGCUGCUCCUGGCCCACGGGGCCAAGGUCUGCCUGAAGAACAAAGCGGGCCAGACGCCCCUGCAGUAUGCCAGGCCGGGCUCCCCCUCCUGGAGCGCCCUGCAGGCCGCCUUCGCUCUCCCCCGGGGCCAGGUGGAGAGAGUCCUCAGCAGGGACAUUUCCCGGGGCUUUGAGCAAGUGCCCAUUCCCUGCCUCAACGGGGUGGACGACGAGCCGUGUCCCAGCGACUUCCUCUACGUCACUCAGAACAUCGUCUCGGAUUCCAUGGUUGUCCCAGCAGCAGCAGCAGCCACUGCCGCAGGCGGAAGUCAGCCCUGCUCGUGCCCUGGAGGCUGCUCCCCAGCCCGCUGCCCUUGCGUCUCGCGUAGCAAGUGCCCCUGGUACACGAUGGACGGCCGACUCGUGCCAGGCGCCAGCCCCUCCCCCGCGGAGACGGGCCUCCUCUUCGAGUGUGGGGUGCUCUGCGCCUGUGCCAGCUCCUGCCCAAACCGGGUGGUGCAGAGGGGCACGAGGGUUCAGCUCCAGCUGUUCCGGCUGCCGGCCAAGGGCUGGGGAGUGCGCACCGUGCAGGACGUGCCCCGUGGAGCCUUCCUGUGCCAGUACUUUGGGGAGCUGAUUUCCCGGACGGAGGCCGGCCGGAGACAGGAAGAUGCCUACUACUUUGUGAUGGACACCCCGGAGGGGCUCCCUGUCUAUCUCUCCCCCCCCGCAGAGGCCCUGCACCUGGGCAGCCUGAUCGUGAGGCACGGCUACAUCUACCCGCUGAAGGACCCCCGCAGCCUGGCCUUGCGGGCCGACGAGACGCCCUACCGGUUCCAGACGCCGUAUUUCUGGAUGAGCACCAAGUGGCCGGCCACAGAGCUCGACUAUGCCAUCUACCUGGCAAAGAAGAAUAUCCGCAAGCAGGGGGACCUCAUUGAGCAUGAGAAGGAAGACUACAGCCAGCUGCACAAGAGGAUCAACCACGCGUGGGACUUUGUGGUCAUGCAGGCGCGAGAGCAACUCCGAGCAGCCAAGCAGCGGCGGAGGGGGGAUCGCAUUGUCACGGAGUGCCAAGAGCAGGCCUACUGGCUUGUGAACAGACCUCUGCCGGGAUCCCUGAACAUGAUGGAACUUGGGCCAGAAGGAAGGAACCGCCAUGGGACCAGGGUGCAGCGGGUGAAGAAUGCCGAUUACUACAAGCAGGAGAUCCGCUUCUGCCGUGCAGCCAUGAGCAGGACCCGGGUCAAGUCUUCGAUUUGCUUGGAAGGAUACAUCAAGUUCAACGAUCAGUAUGUGCCCCACGACCCCAUCAUGUCCGGCUGCCUGCCCAGCAACCCCUGGAUCACAGACGACACCACGUACUGGGCCAUGAACGCCCCCACGGUCUCUGUGCCCACCAAGCUGCGGGUGGAGCGCUGGAGUUUCAGCUUCCAGGAGCUGCUGAGCGACCUCCUGGGCCGGGGGCAGUUCCUGGAGUUCCUCCAGAAGGAGUUCAGCGCUGAGAACCUGAGUUUCUGGGAGGCUUGUGAGGCCCUGCGCCACGGGGAGCAAGCGCGCAUUGGCGAGAUGGUGGACUCGAUUUACCAGCAGUUCCUGGCACCCAGCGCCACCCGCUGGGUCAACAUCGACAGCAAGACCAUGGAGCGCACUUUGGAGGGCAUCAGGAACCCCCACCGCCACGUGAUGGACGAUGCCCAAAUGCACAUCUACAUGCUCAUGAAGAAGGACUCCUACCCACGCUUCCUGAAGUCCGAGACCUACAAGAACCUGCUGGCGGAGGCCCUGAUCCCCCCGGAAACCAAGAAGCGGGUGUUCCCUUUCAUGCGGAAGCCCCGCCACUCCAGCCCCAGCCCGGCCCUCCUGCCUUCCGGGGACCACGAGAUCAAGGUGGACGAGAGAAGCAGAGGCGGCCUGGAGCCUCCGGACUUUCUGGCCUGAAUCCGGACAAGCCCGGGGAGAGCUUGGCCCCCACGGCCCCACCCAGAACGAAGCCGGGGAUCUGUGUCGACGAAGGGAUGGGACGGCCCCACCAGGCAGGCAGGCAGGCAGGCCCCGGACCCUCCUUCUGCCUUGCCUCAUUUUGUGUGUGUGUGUGUGGGGGGAGUAUGCCCCCCACUCCCCCACGCGUUCUUGCCUCAGGACUCGCCCCCCACCUCAUCCCGGAGCCCCUGCGUGCCGCCGCCCCACGGAAGAAGCACCCUGCCCCUUCCCUGCUCUCGCCCCUGCCCCUUCAGGGGGCAAAAUGUCCCCGGAUCCUUGACUGUCUGGCAGAAGUGAAACGCAACCAGCCUGCUAC